AUGGAUCUCGGAACAGAAGACGCAGCAAUGGCAAAUUUGCGCCUCGCCUUUGGUCAGAACUUGACCGUCCGUACAGGAGAACAGAACCUUGCUAGACUGGAGCGAGAGGUCGCGAAACUCAAGAGCAACUUGAAGAUCCUCAGCUUCACGCAGCUGGUCUUUGUAAUCGGCUACAAGGGCUUCCUCAAGGAUAUCGAGACAUGCAAUGGUCCAUUGACUCGCAACAUGCGCGACGUCACCGACCUAGCAUGGUUGAAGUUUCUUGAGCAAGAAUUCUUGAAAUGGAAGACCGAGCAUAGCAGUGAGGAGACCAAGAAGUCGGUUCUGGGUAAAGGUUGUGAACAAAGACAGAUUACUUCUGCAGGAAUCGAAGAGUUCUGGGCACAGAAGGCUGCGGAAGAGCUCAACCCAAAGGUAGAGGAGAAUAUCAUGACCCAGAUUCGCGCUACGAAGGAUGAGUGGGAGGACGAUGAAGAUGUCGAUAUGGACCAGGCAGUAUCCGGUAAGAGUGGACCAUCCAUCAAGAACUCGCUCUCCACUACAGAAUUCGUGCAACUUGUCCAUUCAAUCAAGUUCAGGGGUUAUCUUGGAAACGUCGAAUCCGUGAAUGGAAAGGGCAAGGUUCAACGAGGAGCUGCUGAAGCAGGAUGGAGAAAGAUGGUUCGAGAGCUAUUUUCGGUAUGGGCUACCGAUUCAAAGAGCCACGGAUAUGACAAGGAGAAGGAGUUGCGAGACGCUUUGGAUCAAGUGAACGGACAUGGAAAGUUCGAGCCAGAGAUAUACUGGGAGAGCGAUAAAAGCAAUGCGGUGAGAAGUAAGGAGGAUAUCAGGAAGGCUCGCAAAAAGUCCGCCGCCAAAAAGGCUCUGAAGAACAAGGCCAAGGCAAACACCACUCAGGGAGGAAUUGCCAAGAGAGUGACCAUGACAAGAAGCCAACGGAUAAUGGAGAAGAACUUGAGCAAGAAGGCAGUCUCAGCUCUUGAGUCGAUGAUCUCCAACAUGGGUAUCAACGAUUCCUAG